AUGCAAGAACGCCAAGAGCGUCGAGGUCUUCUGCUCCUGCGUAAAGAAAUCUUCUAUCAGGCUGUACAGAGCGGGAUCAAGUCCGCCGAAGCACAAAAGUUAGCAGAGAAUGCCGUCAACGAAGCAAAGGAACGUUUGGCAGCCCAAAGAAAAGCACAAUUAGAAGGUAAAGAGAUUGCUGAAGAAACCGAGAAGCAAGAGAAGGUGAAACGAGCAGAAGAGGAGCAACGAUUUUACGACUAUGCUUUCCAAAUGGCUGAAAAAAUGUUGUAUCAAGAUGACAUUCUCGGUGACGGAACUAAGGCACGUAAAACAAUCAAGCCGGAUCCAACAUUGCCGUCAUUGCUGAAAGGAUCGAAACGGCUAGGAAUAUGGAAGAAUUUGGAGGGAUAUCAGGACAAUAGUCUCGGAUUCUGGUCAGAAUGGGAUCUCAGGGCCGCAAGGUAUCAUGAAGCAAUCUUUGGGGCCGAGACGAACUCGUUCGAAGACAAAUAG